AAUGGUUACACACGACGAAAGAUUAAUUAGAGCAACAAAUUGUCGUUUAUGGAUUGUUGAAGAUGAAAAUGUUUAUCAAAUUGAUGGAGAAUUUGAUGAUUAUCGUAAAGAAGUGUUGGAACAAGUUGAAAAGAGGCUAGCUUCUGAUGUACUUUGAAUGGAAUACGGUGUUUUUAUUUUAAAUUAAAUAAUUAAAAAAAUUUAAAAAAUUUCUUUUCGGUUAUUUUCUGUUGAUAUAUAACAUAAUAAAAUACACAAAAUUCUAUUUAAAAACAAAUUUUUUCGAACCUUUAUGUAAGUGGAGAGAGGAGUUAAUUAAUUAGUAGUAUAUAUCCGGUUUUAAAACAUUUAAAAAUGGGGGUAAAAUUGUUUGGGGGGGGGGUGGGGGGGGGGGGGGAUAAUUUGGAGAGGGAUAAAGGGAAGUUGUGGGGAUUGUCUAAAAAAUUAUAAAACACCAAGAGAAAAGAUUGGUGUGGAAGGGAAAUUUGGGAAAAAAUUUUCAAAAAUUUAUUUUUUUUUUAAAUUCAUUUUUAAAAACUCCCAAAAAAACCUUUAAAAAUUUUUUUUAUUUUCAAUUAUUGAAUUUUUAAAAAUCAUAUGCUUCUCUAUUUUACAUUUUUUUUCUUCUUUUACUCUGUAUUUCUCAAUGUAAAAUUUUUUUUCUCUCAAUAUACGUGGCAACGCACCCGUAUUUCUCAAUCAAUUUCUCUUUUUAAACAUUCUAACUGACAGCCGGUGUUCGUGUGUGUUUGACGACGCUGACAGCUGUAAAUAGACCAUCAGGUUUUUAGAGUAUUAAAAAAAAGUAUUUUACUGUGAAUUUUUGGAGGUUUUUUUAAAGAUUUUGAAGGGAUUUUUUAAAUAAGAUGUUGAUUGGAAAGAGUAUCUAUGAGUGGGAUUGGGGGUUUUUGAUUGAGGGGAGAGGGGGGAGUAAUGGGAUUUGGGGUAAAAAAAUGUAUAUUUUUCUGAAUCUGAAAUUAGUUUUUUGGGGUAUUUUGUUUAGUUAAAUCUUUCUGUAAUUGGGUAUAUUUUUAUGAAGUUUUAUAAUUUUUUUUUCUUCUUUUGUAAUAAAUUUUUUGAAUUUUCUUAAUGUUUGUCCCCCAUCCCCCUCUCCCUCUAAACAAAUUUUCGUGAGGAUUUCAACAAAUUUUAUUGAAAUUCCAUUUAUAUUUACUUCUUUUUUGCCAUAUGAUGAAAUCCUCCAAAUUCUAUUUUUGUUUAUUAUUAAAUUCUAAAAAUAAGGAGAAUCAUAUGACUAUCAUUUUUAUUUUUAUGUUUAUUCAUUUUUUAAGUUUUUGUCAACAACAACAAUAUAUUUCAAAAUUUUCUUUUCACAUCCCUCCACUCACUAACACACACCCAUCCAAACAUUUCUUGCUUGCUUGCCUGCUUUACCGACUGACUAUACAACAACGGCUGUCAAUAACGCCUGCUUAUAUAUUUCUUCAUAUACACACCACCCCAAUAUUCUUUGCUUCUUACUACAACGGCUGGCAUUUAAAUGACAUAGCUUGCUUUAAUGGCUCCUUCACUCACUAACACUCACCCCACCAUUCUUUGCUUGCCUUCCGGCUAUACAACAGUGGCUGUCAAUAACGCCCGCUUAUUUCCUCAUACACACUCACCCCACUAUUCUUUGCUGUCUUGCUUCCUUACCGGCUGGCUGCAAGGCUGUCAGUUAAACGCUAUUGCCUGCUCUUCUUUAAUGGCUGCUGUUGUGUUGUAUACACAUAUGACAGCUGUCAAUAACGACUGACUGCUUCAUUAAUUCUCCUUAAAUGCACACUAUUUUUCUUUUAUUUCUCUAAUUUUUUUCUAGAAAUUUCUCAAUUUUUCUGGUCGUGUGAGCGCGCGUCUCGCUUCUUUCCUCAUACAAGCAACCAGCCCACACUAACUCCGCCCAUAAAAAUUGUCUU